UACGUAUUUGUUUAUUUUUUUAAAUACAUUUUAGGUACCUAAUAAUUCUCAGAAUGAGCUAUCUUUUCGUUAAAGUCCACUAGAGGGCCAAGUGCAGCUUUGUCGUUGUCCUGAUGAGGGUUGGAAUCAACAACACAAGGGAACAUUUCUUCACUGGCCAAGACACGUAGUACACAUUUCUGCAGAGGCACAGUAAACCUGUCACUGUCCAGAGUGCUUGAGACACAACCGCAGCUGACACUUCCGUGCUAACGCGCGAUUCGAGUUGGCUUCCUUGUCCGAAAGGGUGUGAAGAGGAUUCGCGAUAAUAGAGCAUAUGACCCGUUUUUGUUAUGUCUUCAAUCUAGCGAUUUUAUUCAUUCUAACUUUUGGUGCACAACACAGUGGGACAUCAUGGCUGAUGAGGAGCUCAUGUUCAGUAUGGAGGAGGUGGAUGAACCUAGGAAUGGGUGUAGUAAGAAUAGAGUGACUUUUAAAGAUUCCAAUGCUAGUGAUGACGAUGAUGAAGAUGACCUCCGCAUAUGCCCCAUAACCGACGACCCCAUAAGUCCAACCAAAGGCUUCUGUGACUACCCAAAGAACCUUGUUGGCAACCAGCAGCUUUCUAAUUCAUUGCCCAAAAACUCCUUUACAUACAAGAACAAAAAUGACAAAGAGCAUGAUGUCGUGUUUGGAUCUUUAACAGAGAAAGGCCGCCGGGCUACUUGGAAACAUGCUAUUGAGAAAGCCAAAGCCAUGCCAGAUCCUUGGGCUGAGUUCCAUCUGGAGGAAAUAGAGACAGAGCGCUGUACUCGAUACAGAUACAGUGCGGUCACUGGGGAAUGGGCAAAAGAUGACAUAUGUAUCAAGAUUUCCUCUCAGCCGUUUGGAAGAGGAGCCAUGAGAGAAUGCUUCAGAUCGAAGAAGUUAUCAAACUUUUCCCACAGCAGCAAAUGGAAAUCAGCCUCAAACUACGUGGCAAAGCGCUACAUGGAGACUGUUGACAGAGAGGUUUACUUUGAGGAUGUGAAGUUACAAAUGGAGGCUAAAUUAUGGGGCGAGGAGUUCAAUCGCCACAGGCCUCCCAAACAGGUUGACAUCAUGCAGAUGUGUGUUGUGGAAAUGACUAAUCGCCCUGGGAGCCCUUUGUUUCACCUGGAACACUACAUUGAGGGGAAGUACACAAAGUACAACUCCAACUCUGGUUUCGUGAGGGACGAUAACAUACGGCUUACACCCCAGGCAUUUAGUCAUUUCACAUUUGAGCGCUCUGGACACCAGCUGAUAGUGGUGGACAUUCAGGGCGUUGGGGACCUUUAUACAGAUCCUCAGAUCCACACUGAGAAGGGGACUGACUUUGGAGAUGGCAACCUGGGUGUGCGUGGCAUGGCACUUUUCUUCCACUCUCACCUGUGUAAUAAGAUCUGUAGGAGUAUGAGGCUCACUCCGUUUGACCUGUCCCCUGCUGAAACUGCACAACUGGACUGCACCAACAAAUUGCUGAAUUCAGCUCAGACUGUCCUCCGCGGAUGUGAAGAGCAGUGUGGUUCGCCCAGGGUUCGGACAAUCUCUCUCGGCCACAUGCCUGUUCUUCUGUCCAGGCUCUCUGAGACUUCUUCAGUUGAUGAAAACAGCGAGACAGACUCGGUUCCCUGCUCUCCACUUAGUAUUGGCGUCUCUGCAGACCGAUCAUCCAUGGGCUGGUCUUUUAUGAAUGAAAUGAAUGAGAAACAUCGAGCUAACUCGGAUCAAAAGGACUCAGAGAAUGGAGGAGACAGUGGUUGCCCUAGUGAGAGACGCAGUGAAGGAGACUUAGUGGAACAUCACAGCCAGGGACGUCCCUUCUACAACAGACAUUUCUCAGAAUCGGAUGAGGACAGUGUUCGUCGGCUGACAGAAGAAAAAUGGAGUUUUUACCAUUCAUCUCGCUCCCACAUACACAGAUCCUCCUGUGUGGCAAUGGAGGUGGAGAGACUGAACACUAUGCUUCUUGAAAGGAAAAUUGGCAAAUCCAUCCUAGGCAAGGUUCAUCUAGCCAUGGUCCGCUACCACGAGGGCGGGCGCUUCUGUGAGAAGGAUGAACCGUGGGACGAGACUUCUGCAAUCUAUCAUCUGGAGAGGGCCACCAUGUGCGGGGAGCUCGAGGCUAUCGUUGCCCUUGGCCAGUGCUAUCUUCAGCUGCCACAUCACAUUCUACCAGAGAUAGAAUUAGAGGCAUCCGAGGAAAACAGCAAGAAGGGCUUCGGCCUCCUGCUGCAGGCCGCCGAGGCUGGAGACCGGCCCAGUAUGAUUCUAGUGGCACGGGCAUUCGACACGGGUCUGAAACUUCCUUCUGAUAGGGCGUUGGACUGGUUGCACGCGGUGCACUGGUACGACUCUGCCCUUAAGAUGACAGACUAUGACGAGGGCGGAGAGUUUGACGGGAUGCAGGACGAGCCACGCUACCUUCUGUUGGCACGAUUGGCUGAGAUGUACCAGGAGGGAGGGUUUAACCUGGAUGCAGACCCCCAAAGAGCAGGUGAUCUCUUCAACGAGGCAGCUGAUGCAGCUAUGGAGGCCAUGAAGGGUAGACUGGCCAAUCAGUACUACAUGAAAGCGGAGGAGGCAUGGGCUUUGAUGGAAGAAUGAAAGUGCUGAUUAGCCAAAAAAAAAAAAACCCAAAAUGAUUCAUAUUCUGCAUCCAGACCCUGUUUACAUGCUGUUUUCAAUGGUCUAUUUGACAAAUGUUCCGUUUUGGUCUUGGUAAUGUUGAUCUUGGAUCAAGUUUUGAAAGAAUGUGACAUGGGCAUGUGCUGAUUCUAGAUCAGUGAUAUACUGAGGUGCUAAAUAUACACACUCUCAUGGUUAAUUUUUAUUUUUUCCAUUAAGAAUAGUUGCACGGUGUCUGAAGCCUGUUCUGGGUGCUUCGUGGGAAUUUGGGAUAUGCGCAUUACCUGUCAGUGAUUUUAUUCUCUUUAUUCUGAAAGGCCAACUGGACAUUUUAUUAAUAAACCUGUUGUGACUGUUAAAAAAUUACAUUAUUGAUGAUUUAACAUACUUCUGUAAAAUCAAUUUACUAUAUUGUUAGAUCUGCCGUGUAAGGAUUAUAAGCAUCAAAGGUUUUUGCUGUGAGUUUUAACCUGUUUUUGCAUUGAUACUGUCAAAAAUAACUUCCAGAAUUCACCAUAAUCAAGGGCUGUACCAAUGUGUGAUUGUGUUUGCUUUUUUAAUGAGUACUAAAUUAAGUAAUAAUAAAAUAUUUUUUAAAAAGUUA